UUUUAUCCUUGAAGCUUGAUGUUUUUGUAGGCAUUUGUGUUUUCAGCGAGUCGUUUUUUUUUUCUCCUCGACUGUUGCUGUGCUUUUCCUGGAUUCUUGGACUCAGUUUGAGUUCUUCUUUUACGAGAUUCUGCUCUGGUUCUGCCCUAGUUGAAGGGUUGGUUUGUUUGCUUGAGACAAAAUCCUUGUUUUUAGCUUCUGGAACCGUUGAGAUUUCAGAGAUGGACAACCCUGAUUCCGAAGUAACAGAGGAACGAGAGGUCCUGCCACCACCUCCACCCUUAGUUCCGCCAAAUGUUGUUCCUCAGCGAGUAGAACUAGAAGAUACCCCUGGUCAACCUAAGAAGGUAUCAAAGCCAAAGCGUGUCCCAAUGGCCAGGCCUGGUAUGGGCAGGAAAGGGAAGCCAAUUCAAUUGUUGAGUAAUCAUUUCAGAGUUAAUGUUGUUAAUGUUACCAGCAUCUUUUUUCAUUAUAGUGUUUCCAUCUGUUAUGAAGAUGGUCGCCCUGCAGAGGGUAAGGGUAUUGGAAGAAGAGUGAUGGAUAAAGUUCAUGAGACCUAUGAUACCGAGCUAGAAGGCAAGGAUCUGGCAUAUGAUGGAGAGAAGAGCUUGUUUACAGUUGGGCCUCUUCCUCGUAACAAACUUGAGUUUACUGUUGUGCUUGAGGAUCUCUCGUCAAACAGAGCUGCUGGGAAUGGGAGCCCUGGUGGUAGUGGAAGCCCAAAUGAGAGUGAGAGGAAAAGACUAAGGCGUCAAUUCCAGUCUAAAACUUUUAAAGUUGAGAUCAGCUUUGCAGCCAAAAUCCAAAUGCAAGCCAUCGGGGAUGCAUUGCGUGGUAAAGAGUCCGAAAGCUCUCAAGAAGCACUUAGAGUUUUAGAUAUCAUAUUAAGGCAGCAUGCAGCAAAGCAGGGUUGCCUACUUGUUAGACAAUCAUUCUUCCACAAUGACCCAAAAAACUUCACUGAUUUGGGAGGCGGGGUGCUUGGAUGCAGAGGUUUUCACUCAAGCUUCCGUCCUUCUCAAGGAGGAUUAUCUCUGAAUAUUGAUGUAUCUACCACAAUGAUUGUACAGCCCGGGCCAGUGGUGGACUUUCUAAUUGCCAACCAAAAUGUCAGGAGCCCCUAUGAGAUUGACUGGGUUAAGGCCAAGAGGAUGUUAAAAAAUCUGAGGAUAAAGACAAGGCCUUCUAACAUGGAGUACAAAAUUACUGGGUUGAGUGAGUUACCCUGCAAUGAGCAGUUGUUUUCACUAAAGCAAAAAAAUGGACGAGAUGGUGAUGAGAUCCAAACAAUUGAAGUGACAGUAUAUGAUUAUUUUCUUCAGUACAGGCAUAUAGAAUUGCAAUACUCUGCAAAACUGCCAUGCAUUAAUGUUGGAAAGCCAAAACGACCAACUUACUUUCCACUUGAGCUAUGUUCAUUGGUUUCCUUGCAACGCUAUACAAAGGCAUUGUCGACACAUCAGCGGUCAUCACUGGUAGAGAAGUCAAGACAGAAGCCCAAAGAAAGAAUGGAUGUUUUGACUAAUGCACUGAAAACGAGCAACUAUGAUGCUGACCCAAUGCUACGGACAUGUGGUGUUACAAUAAAUACUCACUUUACUCAAGUUGAUGGUCGUGUUCUUCCAGCCCCAGCGUUGAAGGCGGGAAAUGGGGAUGACUUGCUAACACGAAAUGGACGAUGGAACUUUAACAAUAAGAAAUUUGUUCAACCAUCAAAGAUUGAACGUUGGGCUGUUGUGAACUUCUCAGCUCGUUGUGACAUACGGAGUCUUGUUAGAGAUCUGAUCAAAUGUGGGGAACAAAAAGGAAUUUUCAUAGAACCGCCUUUUGAUGUUUUUGAAGAAAAUGGUCAGUCAAGAGAUUCAAAACGCAUUCCUUCUCCUCUGAGAGUAGAAAGAAUGUUUGAACAAAUAAAGUCAAAACUUCCUGGGCAGCCUCAGUUUCUUCUUUGUAUUCUACCAGAAAGGAAGAACUCAGAUAUUUAUGGUCCAUGGAAGCGAAAGAAUCUUGCAGAAUUUGGAAUUGUUACUCAGUGUAUAGCACCUACAAGGAUCAAUGAUCAGUACCUUACAAAUGUUCUCUUGAAGAUAAAUGCAAAACUUGGUGGCAUGAAUUCUUUUCUAUCUAUAGAGCACACACAUGCAGUUCCUAUAGUUUCCAAAGCUCCAACCAUUAUCCUUGGCAUGGAUGUGUCACAUGGCUCUCCUGGACAAUCUGAUGUGCCAUCUAUCGCUGCGGUAGUCAAUUCCAGGCAGUGGCCAUUAAUUUCUCGUUAUAGGGCAUCAGUGCGUACACAAUCACCAAAAGUUGAAAUGAUUGAUUCUCUAUUUAAGCGUGUAUCAGACACAGAGGAUAGUGGCAUAAUUAGGGAGGCAUUGCUUGACUUUUAUGUAAGCUCAGGGAAAAGGAAACCUGAUCAGAUAAUCAUCUUCAGGGAUGGUGUCAGCGAAUCACAAUUCAACCAAGUCCUGAACAUUGAACUGGAUCAAAUCAUUGAGGCUUGCAAGUUCCUAGAUGAGAAGUGGGCUCCAAAGUUCAUGGUGAUUGUUGCACAGAAAAAUCACCACACCAAGUUUUUCGUGCCAGGAUCUCCCGAUAAUGUUCCACCUGGUACAGUGAUCGAUAACAAAGUCUGUCAUCCUCGAAACAAUGACUUCUACAUGUGUUCACAUGCUGGAAUGAUUGGGACAACAAGGCCUACCCACUAUCAUGUUCUGUACGAUGAGAUAGGAUUUUCAGCUGACGAUCUGCAGGAGCUUGUCCAUUCUCUUUCUUAUGUGUAUCAGAGGAGCACUACUGCCAUUUCCAUAGUUGCUCCAAUAUGUUAUGCCCACUUGGCGGCAUCACAAAUGUCACAGUUCAUAAAAUUCGAUGACUUGUCAGAGACAUCCUCAAGCCAUGGUGGGAUGACUUCUCCUGGGUCUAUUCCUGUGGUCGAAUUGCCCAGGCUGCAUGAUAACGUGAGCAGUUCCAUGUUCUUCUGCUAGAUUGGGGCAAAAGGGUUAUUUUGUUAGAAUGAUAUGAACAUGGAAAAAAAGGCUUUGUAUAUAGUUGCUGGCCACCUGAAGUGUGUUAUUUUGUGGCGCGGGACGAUUAACACCCAGAUUCAAGCCUUAGGUUUUUCAAGGUCCAAUCCAAAAUUCCUUUUCAUGCAAGGCCCACCUUUGCUGGGUAGUGGGCCUUUUUUUGUCUAACUUGAAAAGGCUUCUGUAUAGGACUUUGCUUGAUGUCUUACAAAUCUUUUCUGGUUAUGGUUAAGGUAUUAGCCUUCUCAGGUUGUGAAUGUCUACUCAGUUGUUUCGCCA